UUAGAGACAGGACGAGCAUCGACAGUGUUGCCAAGUCAGGACAGGCGUUGACAGUGUUUGCCAAGUCAGGACAGGCGUUGACAGUGUUGCCAAGCGUUGACAGUGGUGCCAAGUCAGGACAACUGUUGACAGUGUUGCCAAGUCAGGACAGGCAUCGACAGUGUUGCCAAGUCAGGACAGUUGACAGUGGUGCCAAGUCAGGACAGGCGUUGACAGUGUUGCAAGUCAGGGCAACUGUUGACAGUGUUGCCAAUGGUGCCAACAGGAUAGGCGUUGACAGUGUUGCCAAGUCAGGCCAGGUUGACAGUGGUGCCAAGUCAGGACAGGCGUUGACAGUGUUGCCAAGUCAGGACAGGACAAGUUCUGUCAGUUUUGCCACAUCAAGACAAGUGCAGACAACGUUACCAAAUCAGUGUGACAGGACGAACAUCAAGAGUAUUACCAACCCAGAACAAGUUUUGGCAGUUACCAAACCCCCCUCACAAAGACCUCACAAAAGACCCCCAAAAGACCAUACAAGACCCCCCCUCACAAAGACCCCCUCACAAAGAUCAAAGACCCCCCUCACAAAGAUCCCUCAAAAGACCCCUCCCCCUCAAAGACCCCACAAAGACCCUCCCCUCACAAAGACCCCCCUCAACAACAAAGAGCCCCCGCCCUCACAAAGCCCCUCACAAAGACCUCACAAAGGCCCCUCACAAAGACCCCCUCACAAGACCCCUCACAAAGACCCCCUCACAAGACCCCCUCACAAAGACCCCUUCACAAGACCCCCCUCACAGACCUCACAAGACCCCCUCACAAAGGACCCCCUCACAAAGCCCCCUCAAAAGACCCUGCAAAGACCCCUACAAACCCCCUACAAAGACCCUCACAAAGACCCCCUCACAAGACCCAGCCUCACAAAGACCCUCACAAGCCCCUCACAAAGACCCCCCCUCACAAAGACCCUCACAAAAGGACCCCCCUCCAAAAGACCCCUCACAAAGACCCCCCCUCAUAAAGACCCCUCUUCUAAAGCUCACAAAGACGCCCUCACAAAGACCCUCACAAGACCCCUCACAAAGACCCCCUCACACAAGACCCCUCCCUCACAAGACUCACAAGACCUCAACACAAAGACCCCCCUCACAAAGACCCCUAAAAGACCUAAUACAAGACCCCCAAAGAACACUCAAGACCCCCUAAAAGACCCCCUCAAAGACCCCUUCCACAAAGAACCCUCCAAAGACCCUCACAAAGACAAGCUCACAAAGAACGCCCUAACAAACCCCUCAGAAGACCUCACAAAGAACCCUAAAAAGACCUCACAAGACCCUCAAAGACCCCUCUACAGCCCCCAAAAGACCAAUCACAAAGACCCCUCAAAAGACCCCCUCAAAAAGAGACCUCACAAAGACCAUCCCUAA